AUGUUAGAUCAUGCUAGUUUAAUCGCUUUUCAUAUGAUAGAGUCGCCUCAAACAGCUUCAAUGGAUUUAACGGGUAAAGUGGCCGUUAUUACAGGCUCGUCUUCGGGUAUCGGCAAAGAAAUGGCCCUAAAGUUGUCGUCUUUGGGCGCGGAUGUAGUGAUCACUGGUCUGGAAGAGGACGGCAUCCAUGAAGUGGUCAACAAAUGUCAGACACAAUACAAUCGCAAAGCAAUCGGAGUUUUUGGUGACUUAACUGACGAUCGGUUUGUCAAGAGUUUAAUCGACAAAACAAUUAACGCGUUCAACAAAAUUGAUAUUCUGGUCAAUAACGCCGGCAUAUGUUUUGAGACUGACAUCAAUGAUCCCAAUUAUAAGGCUUUGUUUGACCGCACUAUUGCUGUCAACCUGAGACCAAUGCAAUUGUUGACACAGCUAUCGGUGCCAUAUCUGGUGGCCAGCAAUGGUUGCAUUGUUAACACAUCGAGUGUGAACGCAAUUAAGCCGCCUAAAUCAUUGGUCGCGUAUUGCCAGUCAAAAAGUGCUGUCGAUAUGUUUACCAAGUGUUUGGCAUUAGAGUUGGGACCAAAAGGGGUUCGAGUCAAUAGUGUUAACAGUGGUGAACACCUUUUUGAGCUGUUCGGUGGCAUCUCUAGUGCCGGGGUUUGGCUCCAUUACCUCAGCAAACAGUCCGUUCAGUUUAAAGUCCAUCAUCUGAUCCGUACUGAUGGACACAUCGCCGUCACUCUUGUCGGCCCUAUGUCCGCCGUCGACCGCAAAUGGCAGACUAAGUAUAGGCAGGGCGAGACCUCCGACACGAGCCCUUUGGACAAAAUACUGGUCAAAGCGUUGGAUUCGGUGCGCAAAGUGCUGUCCGCCGAUCAGUACGAGCGACACGUGAAGCACGCGCUCGAGUGGCUCGAGUCGUAUAAAGCGGUCAAUCACUACGAUUUCGCCGACAAAGUCAUGCCAUACGAGCGCUUCUUUGAUCUCAGGGAAUGGGAUUCUGCGCACGCGAUUCUGGCCAUAUUCGCUGAGAUGAGCUGCGGUUACGACCCCAAAGAGCACGACCUGACCGACAAUCGUAUAUACCGGGCCUUCAACGCAGCCCUCGGCCGACACGCCGUCCUCUGCAACGAGAUCUACGGCCUGAAGAAGCGGAUCCGCGACGGGCUCUACAAAUACAGCUACAUGUAUGUGAUUAUGGCUGAGGAGGGCUAUAGCGCGCAGUCGGCAAUGGAUCGCAUUGUGUAUGAGAUACACGACUCGUGGACGAUAGCCAUGAAUUACGCGGAACAGCUCAGACUCAUGCGGAGCAAAGAGCUGUACGAGUACGUGGUCGAGAUGGUUAGAGUGACCAAGGGUAAUUUGUACUGGGCGUCCAAGUGUCGCCGAUACCAGGCUGAGCUGUAGAGUUGUUUUGAAUUGUUUGCUGCAUAGCAUCUGG